AGCGACUUUUCUGGUGCUGCCGGAGCGGAACUACCCAUGUCGUUAAGGUGGUGCGUGCUUAGAGGGGCUGGGAGCCUCUGUCAAGAAAGGUUGGGCUCUUGCCGGAAAUCAUUCCGCCCGGUAACAUUUCUGAGUGAGACCCGAGUCUGGCGGGGAAGAGGCGUGACCGAGAUUCAUGAGGUGAAGCAGUGCCUUGAGAUUCCUCCAUGCUGCUGCUGAAGGGAGAAUAUAGACCCAUUUCUUGAUGAACACCUUUUGCACCCCCCACUCCCUUGACUAAAGGGGAAACCGAGACAUGACUGGGCUUGCUCAUCUCCAGCAGCUCAUGUGACUACUGCAGCGGUGGCAGAACAACUUAAAUAUCAACAUGAAGCAAUGAUAUCUGAGAACAAAAGAACGUUUGCCAACUAACUGUCAUCACAAUUUCAAGUGAUUGUAUAAGCAGAAACCAGCUGCAACAGACCUAUGUGUCAGCCAGCUAUAAGAAUGCUUUCUUCUGAUACUGUUUACUUACAGGCAGUUUUAGUGUAGAUUAUUUAAAUUAUAUCUGCACAUCAAUGAAUAUUCAAGUGAAAUAAAAAUGAGUGAAGCCCCCAGAUUCUUUGUUGGGCCUGAAGAUACAGAAAUAAAUCCUGGAAAUUAUCGACAUUUCUUCCACCAUGCAGACGAAGAAGAUGAUGACGAGGAUGACUCUCCACCAGAAAGGCAGAUUGUGGUUGGAAUAUGUUCCAUGGCAAAGAAAUCCAAAUCCAAACCAAUGAAAGAAAUUCUUGAACGGAUCUCCUUAUUUAAAUAUAUCACAGUAGUGGUAUUUGAAGAGGAUGUUAUUUUGAAUGAACCAGUGGAAAACUGGCCUUUGUGUGAUUGUCUUAUUUCAUUCCAUUCUAAAGGAUUUCCACUGGACAAAGCAGUUGCCUAUGCAAAACUCAGGAAUCCAUUUGUAAUCAAUGACUUGAAUAUGCAGUAUCUCAUUCAAGAUAGGAGAGAAGUGUAUAGUAUUCUUCAAGCUGAAGGUAUUUUACUUCCUCGUUAUGCAAUUUUGAAUCGUGACCCAAAUAAUCCCAAAGAAUGUAAUCUGAUUGAAGGGGAAGAUCAUGUGGAAGUAAAUGGGGAAGUUUUUCAAAAGCCCUUUGUAGAAAAGCCAGUAAGUGCAGAAGAUCACAAUGUUUACAUUUAUUAUCCAACAUCUGCAGGUGGUGGAAGUCAAAGACUCUUUCGAAAGAUUGGCAGUAGAAGUAGUGUGUAUUCCCCAGAAAGCAAUGUACGAAAAACAGGCUCAUAUAUAUAUGAAGAGUUUAUGCCUACAGAUGGUACUGAUGUUAAGGUUUAUACGGUGGGUCCAGAUUAUGCCCAUGCAGAAGCUCGAAAAUCUCCAGCACUUGAUGGCAAGGUGGAACGAGAUAGUGAAGGAAAAGAAGUAAGAUAUCCUGUUAUUCUCAAUGCACGAGAGAAAUUAAUUGCUUGGAAAGUCUGCCUUGCUUUUAAGCAAACAGUUUGUGGCUUUGAUUUGUUACGGGCCAAUGGACAGUCUUAUGUCUGUGAUGUCAAUGGUUUCAGUUUUGUGAAAAAUUCCAUGAAGUAUUAUGAUGAUUGUGCAAAAAUACUUGGCAACAUUGUAAUGCGAGAGCUUGCUCCACAAUUUCAUAUUCCCUGGUCGAUACCCUUAGAAGCUGAAGAUAUUCCGAUUGUACCAACUACAUCUGGAACUAUGAUGGAACUUAGAUGUGUCAUAGCAGUCACACGUCAUGGGGAUCGAACACCAAAACAAAAAAUGAAAAUGGAAGUGAGGCAUCAAAAAUUUUUUGAUCUUUUUGAAAAGUGUGAUGGAUAUAAAUCUGGGAAAUUAAAACUCAAAAAACCAAAACAAUUACAGGAAGUGUUGGAUAUUGCACGACAACUUCUUAUUGAGCUUGGGCAAAAUAAUGAUUCUGAAAUUGAAGAAAAUAAGUCAAAACUUGAACAACUUAAGACUGUAUUAGAGAUGUAUGGCCAUUUUUCUGGAAUAAAUCGUAAGGUCCAAUUGACUUAUCUCCCUCAUGGUUGUCCUAAAACAUCUAGUGAAGAGGAAGAUAGCCGAAGAGAAGAACCCUCUUUACUUUUGGUUCUAAAAUGGGGAGGAGAACUAACCCCUGCAGGCAGGGUCCAGGCUGAAGAACUUGGAAGAGCUUUCAGGUGUAUGUAUCCUGGAGGUCAAGGAGAUUAUGCAGGAUUUCCUGGUUGUGGUUUACUUAGAUUACAUAGUACCUACCGACAUGACCUCAAAAUAUAUGCCUCUGAUGAGGGACGAGUCCAGAUGACUGCUGCUGCUUUUGCAAAGGGACUCUUAGCUCUAGAAGGAGAGCUUACCCCCAUUCUGGUUCAGAUGGUAAAAAGUGCAAAUAUGAAUGGUCUUUUGGAUAGUGAUAGUGACUCUUUGAGCAGUUGUCAGCAACGAGUGAAAGCAAGACUUCAUGAAAUACUUCAAAAAGACAGAGAUUUUACUUCUGAAGAUUAUGAAAAGCUUACUCCAUCUGGAAGUAUUUCUCUUAUCAAAUCAAUGCAUUUAAUUAAAAAUCCUGUGAAGACUUGUGACAAAGUUUACUCCUUGAUUCAAAGUUUGACUUCUCAAAUCAGACAUCGAAUGGAAGAUCCCAAAUCAUCAGACAUUCAGCUUUACCAUAGCGAGACAUUAGAGCUUAUGCUACGUAGAUGGUCCAAGUUGGAAAAGGACUUUAAAACAAAGAAUGGAAGAUACGACAUUAGUAAAAUCCCUGACAUAUAUGACUGUAUAAAAUAUGAUGUCCAGCAUAAUGGUUCCUUGAAAUUAGAAAACACAAUGGAAUUAUAUAGACUUUCAAAGGCAUUAGCAGAUAUUGUUAUUCCUCAGGAAUAUGGUAUAACUAAAGCUGAAAAGCUGGAAAUUGCCAAAGGAUACUGUACACCUCUAGUUAGAAAAAUUCGCUCAGACCUUCAGAGGACACAAGAUGAUGACACUGUAAAUAAACUCCAUCCUGUGUAUUCCAGAGGAGUCCUUUCCCCUGAACGUCAUGUCCGUACGAGGUUGUAUUUCACCAGUGAAAGUCAUGUACAUUCUUUACUAUCAAUUCUUCGCUAUGGUGCCUUAUGUGAUGAAUCAAAGGAUGAACAGUGGAAACGAGCUAUGGAUUAUUUAAAUGUUGUCAAUGAACUCAACUAUAUGACUCAGAUUGUUAUCAUGCUUUAUGAGGAUCCUAACAAGGAUCUUUCCUCAGAGGAACGCUUUCAUGUUGAAUUACACUUUAGUCCAGGAGCCAAAGGAUGUGAAGAAGAUAAAAAUUUACCAUCUGGCUAUGGAUAUAGACCAGCUUCCAGAGAGAAUGAAGGCAGGCGAUCUCUUAAAAUUGAUAAUGAUGAUGAACCACAUACUUCUAAAAAAGAUGAGGUUGAUCGAGCUGUGAUUUUGUUCAAACCUAUGGUAUCAGAGCCAAUUCAUAUACACAGGAAAUCUCCACUUCCAAGAUCUAGGAAGAUAGCUACAAAUGAAGAAGAGAGCCCCCUGAGUAUGUCUAGCCCAGAGGGUACUGGUACCUGGCUGCAUUAUACCAGUGGUGUGGGUACUGGGCGUCGAAGACGCAGAUCAGGGGAACAAAUCACUUCUUCCCCUGUCUCCCCCAAAUCAUUGGCUUUCACAUCCAGUAUUUUUGGCUCAUGGCAACAGGUUGUAUCUGAAAAUGCUAAUUACCUGAGGACACCAAGAAAUCUUGUGGAACAGAAACAGAAUCCUGUAGGGUCUCACUGUGCGGGACUGUUUAGCACCUCUGUGCUCGGGGGUUCUUCAAGUGCACCUAACCUACAGGAUUAUGCUCGUACUCAUCGUAAAAAGCUGACCUCUUCUGGCUGCAUAGAUGACGCCACACGUGGUUCUGCUGUUAAAAGGUUUUCUAUCUCAUUUGCUCGACACCCAACCAAUGAACACCUACACCUCUAUAGGUGCUGGUCCGUUUCCUCUGUGGAAUUUCUAGGCUCCAGUGGCUUCGAAUUGUAUUCCAUGGUGCCAUCUAUUUGUCCUCUAGAAACUCUUCACAAUGCCCUGUCUUUAAAGCAGGUGGAUGAAUUUCUUGCUUCCAUUGCUUGUCCGUCAAGUGAAGUUCCACGGAAGACCCCUGAAAUUUCCUCUACAGUGUCACAUUCCAGUCCAGCAGUGAGAAGAAAAAUAUCUUUAAAUACAUAUACACCUGCAAAGAUCCUCCCAACACCAUCAGCUACCUUAAAGAGUACUAAAGCAAGCAGCAAAGCAGCUCUCUCAGAUUACCAAACCUUGUACAAGAGGGGCAGUAACUUGAAUAAGUUUGAACCAUACACAUCCUAAAUAAUCAGUAUAUGAAACUACAGACAACUGAAUAACCACCAGUGGACAUUCUAGUGCAGUUGUUCCUAACACCUCAUCUCGGAAAAAGAGUGUAACUAGCAAAACAGAAGUAUAUGAACACAAAAAAUCCUCUGGGAAGAAGAAAUGAAAUCUUAGCAGAAGCUAGAGCUUCUUAUACUUAUAAAAAUCACGUGUUCAAUAGAAAAAGACCCAUAAUAAACCUUGAUUGAAAAUUAUCAAAGCAAGUAAUUUAUGUUUCUCCUUAUACAUCUGUGUAUUCUUUCAAAAACAUCUAGAUGAUUCUUUGUAUAUAUUUACAUAAGGAACUUUAGUCAUGAUCUAGAAAUGUUUAAAACAAUGUUUAUUAGCAUUUCAUGAGUCACAUAACUGACGAUGAUAAAGCUCUGCCAUUUUUCCUGUCAUAUAUACUUGUGUUUGUGGUAAAGGAACCUAAACCCAGCUGACCUGUGACAAUGUCACAGUGGUAAUGCUGCUUUCCAAAGGGUCUGAUGAGUUCCCUGUGUACACACUUCUCUUCCCAUGGGAUUGCAUCUUGCUUUAAAAACAUUUGACUUGUGUUGAAAUUUGACAGCCAGAAUAUCAUACUGGAGAUUUUUUUUUUAUUAAAGUGUGUUUCCAAAGAGAUGUCAUUGACCAUUUGGAUUACAGCUUUUUUCACCCCAGUUGUUAAAAUGACAUAUAUGCUGCAAUAUUUAAUAACUGGAGUAUUGGUGUAUGGGAUAUUUUUUCAAUCUGUGCUUUGAAUUUUUUUAUUAUGUGUUAUUUAAAAUAUUACAUUUAUAGCCAGGAUACCUACACCUUUGUGCAUUUAAAUUUGCAUAUUAAUUUUUAGAAAAUAUUUCUUUUUAUAUUACCUUAUAGGAGGUGCUUUGUUGAUCAGGAAGAUUUUUGCUUCAUAUAUUGGCAAGUAAAACACCUUUUGAAUUUCUUUUUGAAAGAGAUGAUUGAAAAAUUUGUAAAUGUUACACAUAUUUUCAGAGUUCUUUUUAAAUCUAAAGAACUCAGUUCAAUGUUAGAAGAGUAUCUGAAUUCUAUAGUUAUUAGGUUUUACAUAUAGCUUCUGUGUUUACCAUUUCCAUUCUUAUCUCUAAUUAUCAGUUGAUCUCAGGAAGUUAGAAGAUUGAGCAUUUUAAAUAACUGGCUCUUGCCAAAUGGUUAGAUUUUGAAGGGAAAUUGAGAUCAGUGUGUUAUGAUUUUAUCAUUGAUGUGGAAAACGUUUUAUUAUCCUUGGUGCUUUUUCUCCUGAUGCACAAAUAAUUAUGAACCACUUGAAAUGACUUAAACUGUAAACCAAACAGUGCAACCUGAUAAAUACUUCAUGCAUUGCAAAUUAGAUAAUAUAAAUUACCACAGCUUUAGCUUGAAGUUUAUGUUUGGAAAAUAAAUGAAUUGUCUUGGUACAAAUACAACUAUUGUAAUUCUUCAAAACAAACUACUAACUUUAAAUCAUUAUAUAUGAACUGACCUUUAGAAAAUAAGGAUAUUACAUGUUAGUUGUUGUAAACGGUACCAUAUACAAAAGUCACAAAUACAUGCAAUUAUAUAAGCUCAUAUAUUCACAUGUAUGUAAAUGUAUUAUCUGUAGACAUGUCUUGUAAACAACUGAAUGUACCUACAUUUUCUGUUUGUGAAAAUGUGAUUAAUAUGUUUAUUGUGGGAGUGAGAAAACUACUUUUAUUUUUUAAGUGGAGCUGAAUUAAAAUAUCAGUGUUUCCAGAAUCAGAGAUUGA